CAAGAGCUAGUGAUUGGACAGUGCAGGCUGGUCAGAGAGCAUCGCACAUGGUGUAGAGACCCUCGCAUUGAAUUUGGGUUCGCCAGAGGGAGCGCAAGUAUUGAAUACAUGGGACGGCGCUUGACGCCAUGCACGCAACUCGCGUAGCGUGCAGGGACGCGUGACUCACCUGUCAGUUGGCACGGUUGCCGAUCGCUACCCAUGCUCUUUGUUGACGUCGACCCGGCCAGGCCCUCCUGGACAGCUUGAUACGCUUCAUUGAGGUCAGACGUGAACGGUCACAACCAUGGUCGAAGCGCAGCAGACCCGCAAAGAGGGAGGCGCAGCAGCGCCGUCACCGCCUUCCUCGCCGCCCGGCAGGCCGGCAACACCGGUCACCAUGGCAGAAGAAAACGAGGCCGACGCAGACAGUGGCCAGUUUGCAUCUGCCGUGACGCCACGGCCUAAGAAAAAGUGGCCUGGUCCUCUUGAGGCAGCUGCCUUUUUGCCACACCUACCCUCGUUGACGAGCAACAACAGCAAGAGCAGCAGCGACGCGCAGUUGACGAACGGCCAAGCGCCGCUUGUGCGCCCACCGCUUCCGUCGCCCGCACCAUCAGGCCGCAGCGUUUCAGGGGCGUCCAUCGCAUCGAACGCGGACGCAGCAUCGAUCAGUUCCGCCGCAUCCAUCGUGUCAGAAGCUUCAUCGAAAGCAAGCAGCAACAGCAACUGGCGCGCUACGCUCGAACUCAGUUUGCCAACUCAGCGGCGUCUGAUCCGCAAACCGCUGCCUCUCCUGCCAGGCGAUGGCCCGUCACAGAAGGUCGGUAGCAGUGGAAAGAGCGGCGCACGGGCGAAUUGUCCUGCAGACGGCAACGUAGCAGGACAAGAUACCGCUUCUGGAGCUUCGAAACCCCCAGAAAAGACGCAGUGGACACGGGCGGAGCUGGACGAGUUUGUCGAGAUGUGGUGGCCGGAAGAGAUGCCACCACUCGACGAGGCGUUCGUCCGUCAUCUGCACCGCGUGGAGGGCGCUUCUUCCGCCAGUGCGGACGAAGAAACAGUGCUAAGCAUUGUUUCCGAAUCAGGAUCUCAGAGAACGCAAGGGGACGAACUCACUGACGGCCAACAAGGAGGCGAAGAGGAAGCGAUCGACGAGCACGCAAAGCAGCUUCUGCGUCAAGGACUGGGGCUGGGACUCGAUCUGGAAUGCGAGGAGCACCUCAAGCAAAUCCUCUUACACGCUUGGGCAGCACCAACCUCCAAUGCAAUCUCUUCCAAGCAAACACCAGCGCCGCAAUCGGACAAAGACGCAACACUCCAAGCGCCAAACAAGGCAUCGACAACCAAAGAAAGCGCGACAGGAGGCGAUGACGAUGCUGAUGAGUAUGAACCACUCGGCGAGACGACAGCGCCACAGCUCUUCAGCGCUACCCUCGAUGCUAUGCGCUACCUCAGCUCGCCCGCUACGAUGGCCUCCCUUCAGCGCACAGCCGCGAUGAAGUGGCGUGCGGAGAUCCAGCUGCGCUCUUCCCUCGCGUCCGCCGACGCCGAUGCGGCCCACUCGCCCUCGGGCGCCGCGGCCACGAGCGGCUCGUCAGCGGCAGCUGCGAUGGCCUCCGGCGACGGCGCGUACGCCGCACUCGCGGCAGCGGCACUCGCUGCGAAAGGCUGGGCCAAGCUCGGCUUGACGGGCGGCGGGGGCUGGUCCGCUGCUGCCCUCGCCAGAGCCGGCGGCUUUGCAGCGGAGACGGCGUCGGCGCUCGCGGUCGUCGGCGCUGCUCCGCUGCAACGGUCGCACUCGUCGUCGCAUUUCCCAUUCUCUGCGCCGCAGGAUGCGCAGCGGGGUGGCACCGAUUUGCCACACGAUGCUCCUGAAGCCUUCGGCGAUGUGGAAGGAGCCGCAAUAGACCAGCUCCUAGGGGAGGAGGAGCGGACGAGGCUCAGGAAACGGGAUGUUGCCAUCAAGAUCCUGGGCAACGCUUUGUGGUUCGCGAGGCACUACGCCGCGCUUGGCUCUCCGGCGGGUACUCUGACAUCUCAGUGCGAUGCGGAGGCACGCAUUCCUCGCGAGGGCGGCGCGGACGGUGGUAAUACACUGCGCGCUAGUGCUGCAGUUCGCAUGGCGGAUGCAGUAAAUCCGUAUGAUCGUAUGCUCGACGCUGCUACGCCGGUCAAGCCGAAGAAAAUCGAACGCAACGCUCUGCCGCAGUUCCCGAGCAAGGCGGCAGCGACCACAGCGAUCACGUCUGGCACGGAGGAUUCCACCUGUAACACACACGCACAGGCGCCCACAGUGGACGGAGAUCAAAAUGCCGGCAGCGAUGCUCAGGCUGCUUCCACCACAUCCGCCGCUCCUUCAGCUGCACCUUCGCCUGUGCUCCCUGCUCAGACAGAAGCUGGGACUGUCUUGGGUGUCAUGGCGAGUCAUUCCUCGCCGACCCAUGAUGCUCCCAAGGAUGCGGCUUCGACGGAAGCCAGGGGCCAAUCAGCAGAGAGUGACAGAAGCGUCCGCAACCCGCGAGCGGGACCACCGAAGGUGUCCAAAGCUCAGCAGCAGCUAGCAUCGCUAAACAUUGCUGCCGGCGUAGCGUUUCAAGCCAAAGCUCGAGCGAUCGGGGACGUAGGCAGCAGCACUGCUGCUGCUGAUGAACUGCAGGCAUUGGCCUCGAGGAUCCGCACCGUGGCGCCGACGAGCUCGCACGCGUCCUUGCGCUCGAUCGCAUACACUCUUUCGAAUCGCAAUGAGGCAGAGGAAAAUGAGACUGCCGCGCUCGAGCGCGCCAAGCGCGAGUACGCCGAGGAGAUCAGCAAACAGUGUGUCGAGUGGGCGAAGAUGGUCGUGUGCCGUACUUGCAUCGACCUGCGCGUCGCCGGGGAGCCGCGGACUCCCUCUGGCGCAGGUGGUACCAGGUUCGGACGGCACGAGCGGAGCGGGACCAUUAAGGCGCACAGCGCAUCCUGCGCAGCGCGAAUGGCUGCCAAGAGGGAACGACCGGCGCAGCAAGCGUCCGAGGCGUCCGAUCGCACGUUAAAGUCGGUCAAUCGCUCGUCGCAGCGCUCUACCGUUGUUUGGGUCCCUGACAUCUUCGAGGGCGAGGAUCUGUUCCCGUUGGCCGCGGGCCAUUGGCAGGAUUCCGAUACUGCCAAAAGGGUGCGGUGUGUAGGGGGUACGUUCAAGGUUGAGGUAGAGGAGGAAGAUGAGGGUCUCCGCGUUUUGGAACUGCUUCGGCUCUUGGUGUAUGCGGGUUCUGCCAUGCUGCUUGAGUCGGCUUUCAUGCUCGACUCUGGGCUUGCAGCACCUAGACGUCCACCGCGCUCCUCGAGCACAGCGUUGGAGCGGUACGCUUCCGUUUCCAGCACUGCGACGGCCAUACCCUUGUCACAGGCCCAGCCCUCCACUGUUGUCGAGCCCACCAGCAGCAGCGAUGAGACGGGUGCGCUCACACCUCGAGCACAUGAGCAUAAGCAUGGCUGGGGGCGCUUCUGGAACAUCCUAGGGUCUGGAGCCACGCCGGAAGCUCAAGCGGGGGCGCCAUCAUUACCGCCUCUCGCUGGCGAAGCGUCCUCCGCCAGGUCUUCGCUCAGCCUUGUCCACCACCGCACCAGCUCAGAUGUGAGCAGCCACGCCAGACGUGGGUCUGAUGGCUUGCCGCGCUCGCUGACGCGCCCCGACAGUACAUCGUCGCCGAGAAAGCACAGGGGCAAAAUUGCUCAUCUGUUCAAAAUCAUUUCCAAAUCUGGAGGCCGCGACGAGAAGCACGUAAAGCAAGUAGACGAAGCGGCGAGCAUUGUCGUCCUGCAGUCGGAAGAUACCCUUACCACAGCACUGCAAGCAGCUGCGCCUCUGCCCAGGUGGGAACGCCCAAGGUUCGCAAAGCAGCCAGCACGUGCUUUCGUUUCCGUUUCGCCUCGCGUUAAUGAUUCUAAACAGCACCUUGCUCCACAAGUGUUCGAUUAUGUUGAACACUUCGUUCUACACCAACAUUUUGGUCUCCUGGUGCAAGCGCCGUCCGGGACGGACGUUCUCGGUGCUCGCCAAAAUGUUGGUUUGCACAUUGCCGACACACCGUCUGCCAAGUAUCAUUCCGACUCGGCGUCGCAUCGCUCCGUGUCGGGACGCAGUGCUACCAGCGAAGUGAGCGCAUGCUCUGUGGCAUCCAAGCAGGACGUCGCCAAGUCUUCUGCCGCUACUUACCCUGCGGUUGCGGGGCAACACGACCUCGUGCGCUUCUACAGCAAGCACGGCUCGCUGAAAGAUGUGCCCCUCGGCGAGGUGAUCGAAGAAAUUUGCUUAAUGGCUGCUGCGAUGCCGUUGGAGCAAGAACCAACGGCGAAGAGCAAGUCUUCUGCGUCUGCGCAACAGGCAGUGGUGCCGCCCGUGCGUCAAGUUGCUGUCCACUACGUCAACGGCGGCCGACUCAUCUCGCUGCAAGCUCAAGCCAGCGUGACGCCAAAAGCCAAAGCUCCCGUUCUAAGCCAAGUGAAAGAAGCAGAGAAACCCACAGUUGGAGCAAAAAACGACUCAGAGAUCAAGGCCGUCGCUGCGAUCCUUCACCUGGAUCACGACCAAGCUCGGAAGGCGCUCGCAGCUGCUGAAAAUGCUGUCCGCGUUGACGCCAGCCAAACAGCGGAUGGAACAUUGCUGUCCAAGAAGGGCAUCUACAUGUGGAGAGCAUCUCCUGGACGGGGCAAACAGAGCCCCAUGCGACCAAUGUCAGAGGCGACCUAUCUCAUGUCGUUCAGUAAAUUCCUUGAGGCAAUGAUGUACAACGCAGCCUUGCAGGAGCAAGAAGUAUCGACAGAUCGACCCUGGCCGCCAAACAAGGAUCCAGAAAACGAUGCUCGUCUGCCGCCCUUGCGCUUCUUCCGUUUGGGAGAUUCCCUCGUCAAAGUGUCCACUCGAAGAUUCAAGAUGUUCCACUUGCACUUGCAAGGCCCGGUUCUCGCUCCGCUCGAUCGCACUUCUGCGCUGAUGCAGUCUCCAGAGCCUAUCAAUCGUUCUCUGAAUGCUGGAACGCGACUGGAGAUCCAAGCCUUCUUCUCAUCUGUAAAACAUCAACUGACCGCGAUGGAAGGCAUAUUCGUCGCCCGUGAGCUGGACGAGCACGGGAAGACUAUCAAACUGCGCUUGCGCAACAAAACCAGCUUCUCUUCUGUCUCGACGCCGGGCUCGGAAUACACCGAAAGCGUUUUCUGGCAAAGCGAAGAUGGUACUGAGGACACAGCGAGCACACAUAGCGUGCGCUGGCAUCCGCUGGCGCUGCUCACGCGACUGAGAACGUCGCUUCGCACAGAUGAGUUUGGGCUCUAUGGUAUGCUGAAAGAGACAAAACCUAUUUACAUCAACGAUGUGCGAAAGGUCUUUUACGACUGCGCACGCUCAGCCAAGAAUCGUUUAAGCGCAUGGACCCGGAAGCAUUUGACUAAAGAUGAGCUCAAAGCAAUGGGCAGCCCUAAUUUCGAAGAGCCGGAAUACUUCGCACAAGGCAAGCACCCAUUUCCUGGAAGUUCCGUCCUCGUUCGCGAAGAUGAGCCGCUGUCCAUCAUUGCCUUUUCGCUCACCUCGCGCGACUUUCAGCGAGAGAUUGUGGUUCAAAAAGCUCAACACGACGAGCCGGAUGCAGCUAUUCUCGAAUGGCGAUCGGGUGUUUCAGAACCUUCGGCCAAAGGCUCCUCCAUAUCCUCCAGGAGCACAUCCACCAAAAAUUCGUCUCGCAUCAACCCGGAUGCGCUUGACCCUGAUCAGGACGAGGUUUUCUACAGGCCUGAGCCCGUUAAUGCUGUCAUGAAGCGCAAGAAACGAAACAAAGAGGGCUCAAUGCUGUCGCUCAAACUGCGUAGAGUGGCGUCGUCCAUCUCCCAACCAUCCGAACGGAAGGAAGACGUGGAAAACGAAGGCCCAUCAUUUGUCGAUGACAAGUCACCCGCCUUGGUGGAACCGAAGAACGUCGAGGCCGCCAGUGCUGCUAUCGAAGUAAACAUUCAGAUUGAGCCGGCACCUGACACCGAUCAUACUAUAGGCGAAGCUGGCACCACGACCAGCACAAUCGAAAGCGGUACCGUGUCUUCGAAUGCAACUAAUAGCACAUUCCGAGCGCGGAUCACUCAGGUACACAGACGCCCAAAGUCUCUCGCAAGCAUUUUCAUGCGUCACGAAGCCGACGCAAGUAGUGCAGGGGAAGAAAGUAGCGUAGAAACAAGCUCGCUAGCAGACACGACCACCCCAAAGGACGACUCUGAGCCGGCGCGAAAGAAACGGCAAGAAGAGACCACGCGGAUGUCGAUUGCGCCUUCCGCUUUGAAUGCCAUCUGGUCGGUCGGAUCGGGCUUUACGAACGGCACCGGCGCUCAGGACGCGAGUAAAACUGAAGCCAGUGAGCCGACCACCACGGGCUCUCGUUUGCUCCAGGAGAGCAAUUCUUCCACUGCCGGCACGACGGCAAGCUGCGCCCCGCCGAGCACUGGUAAAGGGACAUCGUCUCGAGCAAUGCCUUCUUCGCGAUUACAGGACAAGCAUCCGCAGUCACCACACAUCAAGCACUCGUUGUACCACGGCAAGACGAAGGUCUCGUGUGUGUCGUGGUUCGCAGAGGAAUUUGCAGCUCUGCGCGAAAAGUGGGGCGUUUCGCUCGAUGGCUUCGCGGAAAGCCUCAGCAGGUGCCACUCGUGGACCGCGUCUGGCGGCAAGAGCCGCAGUGCGUUCUACAAAACGGCAGACGGGAGGUUCCUGGCCAAGCAGCUGGUCACUGUUUGGUCCGUCGAUGAAAAGGAGGCAUUCUUGGAAUUUGCGCCGUCUUACAUUCGCUACAUGGCGGCGAGCAUGACGAAGCAGGAGCCAACCCUGCUGGUCAAGAUUGCAGGAGUGUACAGCAUCAAGGUCAAGGACACUGAGACACACGAGACGAAGCUGAAGAUAAACGUCAUGAUCCUCGAGAAUCUGUUUGCGGACCUCGACGAUGCAGAGAAGAGUGAAAAGGCCGGAAUGAGGAUGCUGCGCUUUGAUCUCAAGGGCAUCCGCGAUCGCCGCAUCAAGAAUGCCAACUACCGAGACAAUCCGGAUGGGCACGUCUGGUGGGACGCCGAGUGGAUCGAAAAUUACAAGCAGCGCGCAUUCAUCCUGGAAGCAGAGAUGGACACAUUCCAGCAAGCGCUGCGCAACGACACGGCAUUCCUGACGGCGUCCAACGUGAUGGACUACUCGCUGCUCGUCGGCGUCGUGGAGCCGCUACCAAAAGUGAGCGGGGUGCGCGAGUCGGGCGACGAAGGGCAGGAGCGCAUCACGUCGUCCUUCCGCGUGCGCAUCGUCGACUACAUUGGCGCGUUCACGCUCGCCAAGCAACUGGAGAGCUCUUCGAAGAAGGCACUCAAGACGCAGGACGGGAAGAGCAACGUGACCAUCCUCCCGCCUGCCGAGUAUGCGGAGCGCUUCUCCAAUGCAAUGCGGACAUAUUUUAUCGGCUGUCCAGCGCACGGAUGGCUCGGCUUGGACGGUACGAUGCAAGCGAUACGGUCCAAUGCGCCCUGGGAGCUCGAGAGGACGUCUACGGACGAGGAUGACUCGAUGACAUCGCUGCUCCCUUCUGUUUUGUGAGGCGCGUGCAGGCAAGCUGGAUUUCUGCAUUCUCCAUUUCUCUACGCAUUCCUUCCUGCAUGAUGGGGCAUCAUAAUGACGACGACGACGAUGGCGUAGCGGCGAAUCCAGACUCGAUCCAUACCCACUAUUUUGAGAAUUGAGAUACCCCCGUAUAUAGAAAUCAUGGUUUUUCGUAGUUAGUGCAUGUUCAGCAGCAACAACCGGUGAUAGAUCGGCUUUGCAGCUGAUGAGAUUCCUGACGACGGCCUGACCAUGCACGGCUUGGACCAUGACCAGGAUGAUGGCAAACGUUGACCGUGAUGGUGACAGCCUAGGUUCGUUCUGGCAGGCAGGUGCCGGGGCGGAAAGGUCCAGUAGCAGGGGGUGGCGCGU